GAGAGGAGAGAGAGAGAGAGAGAGAGAGAGAGAGAGAGAGAGAGAGAGAGAGAGAGAGGAGAGAGAGAGAGAGAGAGAGAGAGAGAGAGACAAUUGAUAAUUCAGAGAGAGAGAGAGAGAGAGAGAGAGAGAGAGAGAAGAGAGAGAGAGAGAGAUGAGAGAGGAGAGGGAGAGAGAGUGAGAGAGACAGAGAGAGAAUGAGAGAGAGAGAGAGAGAGAGAGAGAGAGAGAGAGAGAGAGAGAAGAAGAGACGAGAGGAGAGAUGAGAGAGUAGAGGAAGAGAGAGAGAGGAGAGAAGAGGAGAUCGGAGAGAGAGUGGAGGACGAGAGAGAGAGAUGA